AUUGGAAACAUUGCUCCUUACAUUGGUGGUCAUUGUGAAGAAUACUACUUACAUUGGUGGUCAUUGAAGAGAAUGCUCCUCACAUUGGUGGUGAAUGGGGAAGAAUGCUCCUCACAUUGGUGGUCAAUGGGAAGAAUGCUCCUCACACUGGUGGUCAAUAGGAAGAAUGCUAUUUACAUUGGUGGUCAUUGGGAAGAAUGCUAUUUACAUUGGUGGUCAUUGGGAAGAAUGUUACUUACAUUGGUGGUCAGUGGGAAGAAUGCUCCUUACAUCGGUGAUCAGUGGGAAGAAUGCUACUUACAUUGGUGGCCAUUGGGAAAAAUGCUCCUUACAUUAGUGGUCAGUGGGAAUAAUACAUCUAACAUUGGUGAUCAGUGGGAAGAAUGCUCCUUACAUUGGUGGCCAGUGGGAAGAAUGCUCCUUAGAUUUGUG